UGUGUGUCGGAUAGAAAGUCAGCCUGGUUUCCAGCUGAGUGCUUGCUCUCUCACAGUGUGUGUGUGUGUUGUCAUUAUUAUCCACUCUGCUCCCAGCUCAGAAUGGCCAGAUUCACUCAGACUGAAACAAGAAGGCAGCACCAUCCACAGCAGCCCCAGCCCUCUCACUCCAGCCUGGUUUUCACCGGACCGGGGGCACCACCGACCCAACAACCACUACUACUUAUCCCACAUCAGCACCAGUACCCUCAGAUCACAUUUCCGAAACCCAUGAACGGGUCAGAACCCAUUUCAAUUCAUCCGGAGAGCGGCAACAUGAAAGACCAAGAUGCCAUUAAACUGUUUAUCGGGCAGAUACCGCGGAACUUGGAAGAAAAAGACCUGAAACCCCUGUUUGAACAGUUUGGGAAAAUCCACGAACUGACAGUUCUCAAGGACCGAUACACCGGCAUGCACAAAGGUUGUGCAUUUCUCACCUACUGCGCCCGAGAGUCGGCCAUAAAAGCCCAGAACGCCCUCCACGAACAGAAAACACUGCCAGGGAUGACUCGCCCCAUCCAGGUGAAACCAGCUGACAGCGAGAGCCGUGGAGAAGACAGGAAGUUGUUUGUUGGGAUGCUGAACAAACAACAGACCGAGGAGGAUGUCUACCGCCUCUUCGAGCCUUACGGAGUCAUCGAAGAGUGCACGGUCCUAAGAGGUCCUGACGGAAACAGCAAAGGUUGCGCCUUCGUUAAGUUCUCCACACACACCGAGGCUCAGUCUGCAAUCAGCGCGCUCCACGGCAGCCAGACUAUGCCAGGUGCUUCCUCUAGCUUGGUGGUCAAAUUCGCCGACACAGACAAGGAGCGCACCAUCAGACGUAUGCAGCAGAUGGUUGGGCAGUUUGGCAUCUUUAACCCAGCCAUCGCCCUUCCCUUCAGCACCUACAGCUCUUACGCACAUGCGCUCAUGCAGCAGCAGGCAGCCAUCAUGGCAGCAAGCCACGGAGGUUACCUCACGCCUAGUGUGGCUUUCCCCGCCACACAGAUCCACCAGAUGGGGGCGCUCAACAUCAACAGCCUCCCGCCCACCCCCAUGACCCCGGUGUCGGGUGAGUUUCAUCAAACCCUGGGCCUCAGUUCUCCACCAGCCAACAUCACCACCUCCGCUGUACCCAGCAUCGUCACGCCUAUCGUCAACGGAUUCACCGGCAUCCCUCAUCAGCCCAACGGACACCCUGCCGUGGAGACCGUUUACACCAACGGCCUGCCGCCCUACUCCACCCAGAGCCCCACUGCUGCCGACACCCUCCAGCAAGCCUUCACUGGUGUACAGCAGUACACAGCGAUCUACCCGGCCACUACGCUGACUCCCAUUGGCCAAACGCUGCCCCAACCAGCACAGGUCAUCCAGCAGCAGCAGCAGAGAGAAGGUGAGGGUCCAGAGGGUUGUAACCUGUUCAUCUACCACCUGCCACAGGAGUUUGGAGACAAUGAACUCAUGCAAAUGUUUCUGCCCUUCGGUACCGUCAUCUCCUCUAAGGUCUUCAUGGACAGGGCAACCAACCAGAGCAAGUGCUUUGGUUUUGUGAGCUUCGACAACCCUGCUAGCGCACAGGCAGCUAUUCAAGCCAUGAAUGGCUUUCAGAUUGGGAUGAAGAGGUUGAAAGUCCAGUUAAAGAGACCGAAGGAUGCCAGCCGCCCUUACUGACACAGCCUACCUUCAGUAUUCAUCGCAGCAGCACAGGUUUUAGAGGACACGUGAAGAUAUUAUCUUUGGAGGAGUUCAACUUUUUUUUUCUCUCUCUCUUUGAAAGCAAAAUAUGUUUUAAAAAAAAAUCAACACAUAUGGAAUUUUUGAAGACAUAUCAGCAUUUACUUAUGAAGAUGUAGGUUACGGCAGAAGAGGAAGAUGCGAAGUGAGGAGGCGCUUCACCGGGGGACGUUAACAGUAACAGAUGGCACAGUGCAAGAAAGACGAGAAGAAAAAAAAAACUGGAAAAAAAGAAGUGAUGAAACUGAACAACAGAACUUUUUCUUGUUGAGACUUGAAUUGUUAAUUAAGCAACAAACUAACAAACGAAAAGCAGCAACAACAAAUAGAUUUCUAUAUACAUAUUAUAUACACACAUAUAUAUAUAUAAGGAAAGAGGCGCUUGUGGCUUUUACUGUACUGGACAAAUGAGGGUUCAAACUUGAAGAUCAAAAAAAAAACCAGUGGAAAAAAAGAAACUAUUCUAUAUGUCCACUGAC